AUGGAUGCAGCCGAGACUUUCCAGGGCUGUAUAAGCCUGAGUGCAACCUUGGAUCCAUCGUGGAACCAUAAUCCGCCCGGGCGCCCAGCCUUUGGGCCGGAAACAUUACAGACCAGCAACUACUCCCUGGUGCUGCUGAUCCAGCUAAGUCUGCUCUCCUUCGACCUGUUUGUGAACUCGUUUAGCGAGCUUCUGAGGACCGAGCCAGCGGUCCAGCUUGUGCUUUUCAUUAUCCAGGAUAUUUCCAUCCUGUUUAACCUGGUCAUCGUUCUGCUGAUGCUGUUUAAUACCUACGUGUUCCAGGUUGGCCUGGUGGCCAUCCUCCUUGAGCGCUUCAGAGCUCUGCUGGUACUCUCUGCUCUCUAUUUAACCUUCAGCAUUAUUCUCCACUCCUGGAUCAUGAAUCUUCGCUGGUUGAAUGCAAAUAGAUUUAUUUGGACAGAUGGACUUCAAGUGUUGUUUGUCCUCCAAAGAAUUGCUUCCGUGUUGUACUACUACUUUUACAAACGGACGUCUGAAUACCUGGGUGACCCACGCCUUUAUGAGGACUCACCAUGGCUGCGAGAAGUUUUUGCACGGGCCAGACAGUGA